AUGGACUCGCCCGUCCUCAACCAGCUGUUUAGACAGCUAUUUAGGCAUCCGGCUUGCCAAUCAUUACGGCAGUCUCCAUCCACCUUCUCCAGGCAAACACAAUCGCGUACAUUCUUCACCCGCCGCAGUGUCGCCAAGCGCAAGGUCCAGGAUGGUGGCACGCUGUGGACGAAACGUGGCGACAACCCGAAGAAUAUAGAUCAUGAGUACCAGACAUAUCCACUGGUCACGGCGAAUGACCUGCGAAAUCGCCGCCAACGGCCGAAGCAGGUCAAAAUGCUGACGCGCGAAUUCAUCGAUGACAGCCUUUAUAAUCCGCACUACGGCUAUUUCUCCAAACAUGCGACUAUCUUUACCCCCGGCGAGCCGUUCGACUUCAAUACCAUAGAAGAUGGUCCGGCCUUCCAAUCGCUCCUGGGCGACCGGUACAUUGAGUUUGAGGAUAAGCUUGAUGCGGUCAAGCCAGAUGAAUCAAGACAGCUGUGGCAUACCCCGACGGAGCUCUUCCGACCUUACUACGGCGAGUCGAUUGCGCGAUACCUAGUCUCCAACUACAAGCUCACCCUGUACCCAUAUCACGACUUGAUCAUCUAUGAAAUGGGUGCCGGUAACGGUACCAUGAUGUUGAACAUCCUAGACUUCAUUCGUGAUACGGAUUAUGAAGUGUACCAGCGCACAAAGUACAAGAUCAUUGAGAUCUCCUCGUCACUAGCCGAUAUCCAGAUGAAGAACUUGAUGGACACCCUCGAGACAGCUGGCCAUCGAGACCGUGUCGAGAUUGUGAACAAGUCCAUUUUUGACUGGAAUACAUACGUGCAUUCGCCUUGUUUCUUCCUCGCCCUCGAAGUCUUCGACAACUUCUCCCACGAUACCAUUCGCUACGACUGGAACACAGGGCUUCCCCAACAAGGCGGAGUACUUAUCGACGCGGACGGCGAAUUCCACGAGUACUACAAUGCCAAGUUGGACCCCGUGGCGGCUCGAUUCAUGCGUGUUCGUCAGGCUGCAGCUCGCCGCCCUUUUCCCAGUCCGCUCGGCCACCCAUAUCUCCGUGGCUUGCGUUCCAUGUCACCUUUCCGCGGUGACUAUACGCUGCCUGAGUAUGUUCCUACACGGAUGAUGGAGUUCUUUGAUGUUCUGAAUCAGUACUUCCCUGCGCACCGCCUUGUGGCAAGUGACUUCAAUGUCCUUCCUGAUGCCGUGCCAGGUAUCAAUGCGCCGGUCGUUCAGACUCGGUAUAAGCGAAAGACGGUGACUGUGUCGACACCAUUUGUUCACCAAGGAUACUUUGAUAUCUUCUUCCCAACUGAUUUCAAUGUGUUCGAAGAUGUAUACCGAGCCGUUACUGGCAAACUCACACAAGUUACGACUCAUGAGGAUUUCAUGAAUCGCUGGGCGUAUAUUGAAGAUACGGAGACACGGAAUGGCGAGAAUCCGCUGUUGUUCUGGUACAAGAACGCCAAUAUGUUGAUGACGGUAUAA